UGGUAGUGGACAGCAGGGAACUGGCGGUCUGGCGGGCCAAGUCCUGGCAGUGUGGAGUUGCCCGGCUGGGAAACCGCGGAGCCAGGCCAGCGGGACUGCAGGAUGGGCUGAGGCAGCGGCGGCUGUCCGAAUCAGAAGUAGAAGUCAGGCUUGAAAAUGGAGAUGUAUGAAACCCUUGGAAAAGUGGGAGAGGGAAGUUAUGGAACAGUCAUGAAGUGUAAGCAUAAGGAUACUGGGCAGAUAGUGGCCAUUAAGAUAUUUUAUGAGAAACCAGAAAAAUCUGUCAACAAAAUUGCAACAAGAGAAAUAAAGUUUCUAAAGCAAUUUCGUCAUGAAAACCUGGUCAAUCUGAUUGAAGUUUUUAGACAGAAAAAGAAAAUUCAUUUGGUGUUUGAAUUUAUUGACCACACAGUAUUAGAUGAGUUACAACAUUACUGUCAUGGACUAGAAAGUAAAUGACUUAGAAAAUACCUCUUCCAGAUCCUUCGAGCAAUUGAAUAUCUUCACAAUAAUAAUAUCAUUCAUCGAGAUAUAAAACCUGAGAAUAUUUUAGUAUCCCAGUCAGGAAUUACUAAGCUCUGUGACUUUGGUUUUGCACGAACACUAGCAGCUCCUGGGGACAUUUAUACGGACUAUGUGGCCACACGCUGGUAUAGAGCUCCAGAAUUAGUAUUAAAAGAUACCUCUUAUGGAAAACCUGUGGAUAUCUGGGCUUUGGGCUGUAUGAUCAUUGAGAUGGCCACUGGAAAUCCCUAUCUUCCUAGCAGCUCUGAUUUGGACUUACUCCAUAAAAUUGUUUUAAAAGUAGGCAAUUUGACACCUCACUUGCGUAAUAUCUUUUCCAAGAGUCCCAUUUUUGCUGGGGUGGUCCUUCCUCAAGUUCAACACCCCAAAAAUGCAAGAAAAAAAUACCCAAAGCUAAAUGGAUUAUUGGCAGAUGUAGUACAUGCUUGUUUACAAAUUGACCCUGCUGAGAGGAAGUCUUCUACUGAUCUUUUGCAUCAUGAGUAUUUUACUAGAGAUGGAUUUAUUGAAAAAUUCAUACCAGAACUGAGAGCUAAAUUACUACAAGAAGCAAAAGUCAAUUCAUUCAUAAAGCCAAAAGAGAGCUCUAAAGAAAAUGAACUUACAAAAGAGGAAAGAAAAACAAUGUAUAGCAAUACACUGCUAAGUGGUUCAGUUUUGGGAAAGGAAAUGGAAAAAGAGAAAAAGCCCAAGGAAAUCAAAAUCAGAGUUAUUAAAGUCAAAGGAGGAAAAGGAGAUCUCUCUGAACCAAAAAAGACAGAGUAUGAAGGUGGACAUUGUCAGCAGGACACAAUUGAAAAUGCUUAUACUGUGUCUCAAGAUACAAAACCUGUAAUCACUGAACCACCAAACCCUGUCAAUCUCAGCACUAGCUUUAAUAGCAUGAAAGAAGACCCAUAUGCUGGAGGUUGUAUGACAAUGCCACCCAUCAAUCUAACUAGCAGUAAUUUAAUGACUGCAAAUCCCAAUUCAAAUCUCACUCACUCCAAUCCAAGGUUAACUGAAAAAGCAAAAAAGAGACGUACCUCUUCACAGUCUAUUGGACGCAUUAUGUCUAAUAGCAAGCAAGAGGAUACAGGUCCCAUUCAAAGCCAAACAGAGAAGGGUGUAUUUAAUGAGCGAACAGGUCAAAGUGACCAAAUGGCAAAUGGGAACAAACGGAAGCCGAAUUUUUCCAGAUCUGACAGGAAAGAGUUCCAUUUCCCAGAAUUACCUUUCAUAAUACAGUCAAAAGAGAUGAAAGGAAUGGAAGUUAAACAGUUAAAAGUGCUGAAGAGGGAGCCAAAGAAAACAGAUUCAUCUAAAAUACCAACUUUACUUAAUGUGGAUCAAAAUCAAGAAAAACAAGAGAAUACAGGAAAUGCACAAACUGAAAGGAAGAAGAACCUGCCAGAUGUAGAGUAGAAAAUGCAACAGAUGAAAAUUCAGGGAAUCCCAGAAUCAUUGUAUGGUUAAAAAAAAAAAUCCUCUUUAUUAAUGUUACAAACACAAAAAUGCUGGCUAGAAAAUUCUACAGAUAUAUCAUAAAUCCUGUGUAGUUAUGUGCUAUUCCCCUAAAUUUGUUUUUAAAUUUAUUAAUCUUUAAAUUAUUCAUGUUUUCUUAAUUUGAAUAUUAAUUUAUUAAAAAUACCUCAUUGGUGCAUCCUAAUAAAACUACAGCUU